GACACCCGCCGGAGACUGAGGGGAACGAGAGGCCAGGCUGCGCCGCUCUCCUUCCCUCACAUGACAGACAGGACGGCGACGGCAGCGACCAGAAACAGCUAUGUACCAUGACUGCUUUAUAUGAUUGUAAAAAGGCAAGUGAGUUCAGAGUUCGGACUGUAUCGAUGGCAACAAACAUUACUGAUUCUCCAUUGCAUAGAGUCUCCCACUGUGUGGUUGGCCCGUGGGGUGCAUGGAGUGAGUGCAACUCUGACUGUGGCGUCGGGAGCAGAGAGCGGACACGGCAAGUGGUUGUGCCCCCUAAGAGUGGAGGAAACCCCUGCCCAGACCUCAGACAGCGCCGUGGCUGCUAUGCAGAUGACCCCACAUGUCAUUCCUUCAAAGAGGUGGCCAAGAUUUUACCAGAUGCUUUCAAAAGGUAUUCCAGGGACCCUUGGAGAAUGACCCACACCAGACCAGCUGUAAGGACCCCAAGCUACUGUGUGUACUUCCGGCUGAAACACGUGGGUCCUGUCUGCCAGCUGCAAACCUGGAGCAGACAACUACUGCGAGAUCAACUUGUGUGUGUAGAGUGCCAAGCGGAGGCAUCUGGUGCAAAUGGGCGAUGCCUUGGGGAUGGCCUUGCAGGUGCAAGGACAUUUUGGACUGCUGCCUCCCUCACUGGCUGCCAGGGCUCCUGGGUACAGGAAGACCUAAGAGAAGACUGCACAUGUCCAAUCCUUUCCUUCCUUUUUGUCUGACAAGGAGGAUGAUGGCCAUCUAUGGAUGUAGGACAGCAGUUGCACAUUGCUGCACCACGCAAAGCCAAAUAGUUUACCUCUCAUAUACCUACCUCUGCAACUUGCCUCAAGAAAACCUGUCUUCCAAUUUCAUUUUACUAUUGUAUAAUAAUUUGUGAGUACAUAUACUUGCCCGUGAUGUCACAGGUUCAUGUGUCUGAUACUUGUCUCAACUCUUCACAAGACAUGAAGUUGCAUCUCAAGUUUUACUCUUGGAUCAACAUGGGAAAAGUGGUUUAAUAAUCCUUUUGUUGGCUCCCAGAAAGCCUCACAUCCGCAGACGUAUCUUGUGAAUCUUUUAGGUGGCAAGAUAAAGUCCAGUGGUAUAUGAAACAUGAAAUGUGGCCAGCUUAAUGCACCUAGAGAAACCACAGAAAGUAUGCCAAGUGGAGGAGAGUGACAUAUUCAAGACUGUUGUCCAAAAUGUUCACUUUACAAUAUUUCACAUUUGGCCUAAAAUGCUGCAUGUAUUGCCAAGUGGGAUUUGCAGAAGGAACAGACCGUCAUCUCCCUUCAUUCCAAAAAUAUUCCUAGUUCACAACUACAGUCUAGAAUGGCUUCCUGCGCACUAGCGACUCAGAAGUAAAGCAAGAGAAUGAUAUCCAUGGAGCCUCACAGUUCUACCUAUAGACCUGUUCCACCACAUAGCUCCGCUAUAAUGUCACAAAUGUCCCCAUUAGCACUAUACAAGCAUAUCCAGCAACCUGUAAGAAUAUUAUAUGCAACACACACAUAGUGCCAGUUUAUUCCCCAAACACUG